AUGUCUCUGAAACUACCUCGGAACUGGGACUUCAGCACCUUCAAGGCUGAGACGACUCGAAUCGCGCGAUCCAAGAGUGUGAUACCCGGAGAAGGAGGCCCCAACCCCGCAACGGCAGGCCCCCUCAGGGUCAUGGAGCGGCCCCUGAAGAGCGGCUGGCUGAAGAAGCAGCAGAGGUCCUUAGUGAAGAACUGGCAGCAGCGUUACUUUGUGCUGAGAGGAAGCAUGUUGACGUACCACAAAGACGACAAGGAGACCACUGUCCAGGGCGUCAUCCAGCUGAGGUUCAGUAAAGUCAAUGAACUCCCACCAAACUCGGACGACCCAGGAAAGUACAUGUUCGAGAUCAUACCACGUAAAAGUGGAGACAGAGAGCGCUGUCCUUAUGUUUUCAUGGCAAACUCUCAGAGCGACAUGGAGGAGUGGGUCCGAACACUGCGCAGGGUCAUCGGCAUGCACACCAGUGCAGUGUUUGGAAAGAACUUGGUGGACACAGUCACGUACGAGCAGCGCUUUGGGCCUCACAUGGUGCCGAUCCUGGUGCAGACCUGUGUGGAGUACAUCAGGCAGCACGGCCUGAACGAGGAGGGCAUCUUCCGCCUGCCGGGUCAGGACAACGCUGUCCGACAGUUCCGAGAUGCCUUUGACGCCGGAGAGAGACCGUCCUUCCCCAGUGACACAGAUGUCCACACAGUGGCAUCGUUGCUGAAGCUGUACCUGCGGGAGCUACCGGAGCCUGUGGUGCCCUGGACUCAGUAUCAAGACUUUUUGGACUGCACCAACACGCUGGACUGCAGCAGAUCAGCAAUGUCUCAGGGUCGAGAGCAGCUGGAAAAGCAGAUUGCACUUCUUCCCAGAAUCAACUACAACCUCCUGAGUUACAUCUGCAGGUUUUUGUUUGAGGUUCAGGUGAACUCUAAAGUGAAUAAGAUGAAUGUGGAAAACCUGGCUACUGUGAUGGGGAUCAACCUGUUCAAACCUCAAAUAGAAGACCCCAUCACUGUGAUGAAGGCAACUCCUCAGAUUCAGAAGUUGAUGACGGAGAUGAUCAGAGAGCAUGAGGCUUUGUUUCCUGUCUCUAAAGACGUGCCGCUGUCCCCUCCCACAAACAAGACUGAAAGCCAGAAGAACACCACGCCUCGAAGCUUCGUGGGCUGGGAGUCUGCAGAGAUGGGUGAUGCUUCACUCUCUGAGUCUCCAGAAGAAGAGGAGGACAAUGACAGUACCGGCUUAGACAAAGGAGACUGUGAUUCCCAAAGUAGCCUUCAGGGGUCUACGGAUGACUGGCUUGGAGGUCCCCGUAAACGCACCCAAACUCUUCCCACCUUCAACUGCCCCCUCAUCGGGAUGGCAACAAAGGCUGAGGCUGUGAACCGAUGGAGUCGCAUCCAAGAGAGUGUGGAGGAGAAGAGCGGGACAUUGUCAGAGGAUAUAUUUAAAAUCCUGGACCUCCGAAGUUCAUCUCUGUUUGGAAAUUCUCAGAUGAGCACCAAGGAAGGAGAUGACAAGUCCACAGGCCAAAGAGGAAGUGAUGUCAGAGGUUCCACUGGUGCUAUCGCUCCAAAACCCGUCUGUAACUCCCAGAGGGAUGCAGUGGUGUCUGAUCAGCCGAAGGUACUGGACCUGAGAGAGACUGGUUCAGGUCAGCAGCAGAACUGCAGGUCUGUGCAGCAGCCAGGCAGCCAGCAGCUCGCUCACAGUCUGCAGCAGGAGAACAAGGAGUUAAAGGCCACAGUGGCUGAGCUCAAGUCUGCUCUGGAGUUGGAGCGCCGCCAUGUGGCCGCCCUUGAGAUCUGCCUGAGGAAUGCUGAACGCAGCAGGGAUGAGGCCUUGAGGCGCAAUGAGGAGCUGCAGAGAGACAUUGAGCAGUUCCUCAGCAGAGAGUCCCAAGUUCCCCCCUAAACGUAGCAGUUGGAUGCCAAAGAACACAGACUCAGGACUCUGCCAACCUCGGCAGAGUUCAACCCACAGGAGCUGCUAAUGGAGGACGGCGUCCUCGUCCACACUGUGUUCAUGUUGACUCUGUGUGGCUCUCUGCAGGAUGGUCAGUAAAUAUGACCUCGAACAGGCUUUUAACGAGACAAUCUGUGUGAAAUCACAGGCACGUUCAUCCUCUGUGAAGGAGUGACAUCAUGGUUUAUGGAUUAAUGAUGUCAUAGAGGACAUGCAGGAAAGAAGAAGUGUUCCAUGUAGAAGAUGAAAGUUUUGACAAACUGCCUCGAGAUCAAGACUCGCUGGAAUACUAUUAAACCUGGACAUUAGAAAUACAUUGUGUAAGAAAGAGUAAAAAAUGUCUUUUUGGUUCUGUUUAGUGUUAAAUUAAUAAUAAAAAAAUCCAACAAUUU